AUGCCUCGCCUCAGGAGAAUAGCCUGGGCCGAGAGCGGGAGGGGUCCUUGCGCGGCGGACGGGGGCGCCGGGCGGGGGGGACGCGGCAGCCCUCCUGGCUCCUCCUCGACGGCCGAGCAGGGGCGUGAGGCGGGGGCGCCUCCUCUGAGGAGGGGCAGCCGGGGGUGCGCUGAGGCGGCGGCGGGGGGCGAAGGCGAGCCGCCGCUCCUCAGGGGGAUCUUCCGUAUCGGCGAGAAGAGCUGCGACGUGGUGCUGAGCGCCAAGAGGCUCAGCUGGACCCCCAUCCAGCCCGAGAGCCCCACAGGUGGCUCCAGCACAGACUUGCAGUGUAAAGAGGAACACGUUGAAAUGAAAGAUGUCUUCUCUGUAAAACUGAAACGUCGUCGUUCGGCUGGACAGCAAAAAGGUGGCUUAUUACUGGGCAUCACAUUAUUUGUCUGCCUUAAAAAAGACCAAAACAAACUUAAAGAUUCUGUUCUCAAUCUCAGUAACUUAAGUGAAGACCAUUGCCACUUGUGGUUUAAAUAUUUUAAGGACAUUUUGAAUGGUUUUUCCAGUAGGCCAAAGUCAUUAAAAGUGUUUGUCAAUCCAUACAGUCAUAGAAGAGAGGCUGUUCACAUUUAUUAUGAUCAAGUUGCACCUCUCUUUAAGGUUGCUGACAUCAGAACUGACCUUAUAGUUACAGAGUAUGAAGGACAUGCUCUUGCGAUGCUUAAGGAAUGUGACCUAAAAUCCUUCCAUGGGGUGGUUUGUGUUGGCGGAGAUGGGACUGCCAAUGAGGUAGCUCGUGGUAUUUUGCUUAGAGCCCAGAUAGAUGCUGGGAGGGACAACGAUGAUAUUCUUGAACCAGUAAAAGCACAAAUUCCUCUUGGAAUAAUACCAGCAGGUUCCACAAAUAUUUUGGCACAUACUCUACAUGGAGUUCAACACAUACCAACUGCAACAUUGAACAUAAUCAUGGGGCAUCUGCAAUCAGUAGACAUAUGUUCUUUCAGUAGUCCGACCAAACUACUUCGCUUUGGUUUCUCUGCUAUGUUUGGUUUUGGGUCAAGGACUCUCGCUUUUGCUGAAAAGCAUCGAUGGAUGCCUUCAGAUCAGCGAAAAAUUUUUGCUGUGAUCAAGACACUGGCAAGUCUAAAGCCAGAAGAUUGUGAAUUAUCAUUCCUGCCUUUGAUGCGCUCACAGCAAACAGCCCAGGAGAAUGAUCGAAAGAAGCAGCAAAGGCUUAAAUCUGACAGCCAGGAUCAGUGGGACAGCAUCCAGGGUCACUUCCUGAACGUGAGCAUUAUGGCAAUCCCUUGUCUAUGUUCAAUGGCACCAAGAGGCUUGGCACCUAAUACCAGAUUGAAUGAUGGAAGCUUAGCUCUUAUUGUUGUACGGAACACUUCUCGACCAGAAUUUGUUAAACAUCUGAAAAGAUAUACCAGUAUAAAAAACCAGUUCAGUUUUCCCUUUGUCGAGACCUACACUGUUGAGGAAGUAAAAGUUAAACCAAGAACUAAAAAGGAAUGUGUCAGUGAAGAAAAUAUGGAUUCUGCAGAAGAGAGCUGUCCUUGGAAUAUAGAUGGUGAUUUAAUGGAAUGCACAUCCGAAAUUCUUGUUCGGGUACAUCCUGCAUUAAUUUGUCUGUAUGGAGGAAAUGCAGAUACAGUGGAUAAUCCAAAAGGAUCAUGAAGUUUAGAGAAAAAUGAUGAAGAGCUAGUCUGUUUUGCAGCUAUGUCAUGUUUGUAUCAUAUAUAUGGAGAAAUACUGUCGAUUCCAAACCAAGUCUUAAUAAGACAACUCUCUGAUAAAUUAUUCAUGGGUAUUUAAGUCAUAUUACGGCACCCGCCACUUAACUGAACAGUCUUCCAUGAUUAAUGAUGGGUCUCCUGUGUGUUAAUAUUCAAGAUUUUAGGAAUCCAGAGUAUACUGAUUGGUAACUUGAUCAAGAAUUAUUAAAGGGAAAUUUAAUUUAAAUUGCCUUUAAGUGCUAAAACACAUCUUACGUGUAAGUUCCUUCUCUGUUAGGGGUACAUGAAAAUUGUAAAAAAAGUAGUACCAAAUUAAAAUGUUAUGGCUAGUUAUAAUGUAAUUUCUAAAAAUCUCCAAUAAAGGUGUUUGGUAAACGCU